ACAGCAUCUGCUCACCAAUGCAAAGUAAGCAUGACUGCUGUCUUUCUGAUGUCCAUGCUUUUUGGCCUUGCAUGUGGGCAAGCGAUGUCUUUUUGUAUUCCAACUGAGUAUACAAUGCACAUCGAAAGGAGAGAGUGUGCUUAUUGCCUAACCAUUAACACCACCAUCUGUGCUGGAUAUUGUAUGACGCGGGAUAUCAAUGGCAAACUGUUUCUUCCCAAAUAUGCUCUGUCCCAGGAUGUUUGCACAUACAGAAACUUCAUCUACAGGACUGUAGAAAUACCAGGAUGCCCACUCCAUGUUGCUCCCUAUUUUUCCUAUCCUGUUGCUUUAAGCUGUAAGUGUGGCAAGUGCAAUACUGACUAUAGUGACUGCAUACAUGAGGCCAUCAAGACAAACUACUGUACCAAACCUCAGAAGUCUUAUCUGGUAGGAUUUUCUGUCUAAUAGUGAUAUAAUUUGCAAUUUGGUUAAAUGUGCUUGCCUGAAAUAAAGCCAAUAAAAAUAUUAUGUUUCACAAUA